AUGGGGGAACCAGGUGAGGUGGGCAAGGAUGAUUAUCUCGCCCAAAAACUUAACACCAUCAACAAACCACAAAACAAACCUCUCGUCCUUUGGCUCAACGGAGGUCCUGGAUGCUCAUCAAUAGGCUUUGGGCAAUCACUAGAGCUGGGACCUUUCUUUCCUCAGAAAGGGACGAAGCCAGAGCUCAAGUUCAACAACCAUACAUGGAACAAAGCGGCCAAUUUACUGUUUUUGGAAUCUCCCGUUGGCGUUGGAUUCUCAUAUACAAACACAACUAGUGAUCUCAGUCACCUUGGUGACAACAUGACAGCUUCCGAUUCCUACAACUUUUUGGUGAGUUGGUUCCAAAGGUUCCCACAAUAUAAAUCUCACGACUUCUACAUUGCUGGGGAAAGUUACGGAGGCCAUUAUGUCCCUCAGCUUGCGAACCUUGUUGUUGAGAAAAACAAAAUUGCACUUAAAGACCACUUGAUUAACAUCAAAGGAAUUUUGAUAGGGAAUGCAGAGCUGGAUGAUGAAACAGACCAAAAAGGAAUGAUAGAGUAUGCGUGGAACCAUGCGGUUAUAUCGGAUGCAGUGUAUGAUGAGAUUAAAAAAGAAUGUGAUUUCAGUAGCUUAAACUUGACCAAGGAAUGCAAUCAUGGAUUGGAUAAGUACUUUGAUGUGUAUGACAUCAUAGAUAUGUACAGUUUGUAUGCCCCUGUUUGUGUUGAUGAUAACAUUGGUACCACCAUUUCCAAACCCUCUGGUGUUUCCAGAUUCUUAACUAAAAAUAUUUAUGGAAGAAGGAGGCCGUUAUCUGGGUACGACCCUUGUGCCUUUUUGUAUACUGAUGUUUAUUUUAACCGAGCGGAUGUCCAACGUGCUCUUCAUGCUAAUGUCACUGGACUUCGUUAUCCCUGGACAAGUUGCAGCGAUGCCAUUGAGAAGUGGAAAGACGCUCCUUUCUCCAUACUCCCUAUUCUGAGACAACUUAUUGCUGCGGGGCUACGCAUUUGGGUUUACAGCGGAGAUACAGAUGGUAGAGUGCCAGUUACAGCGACGAGGUACAGUUUAAGAAAGUUGGGUUUGCGGAUGAAACAUGAUUGGACUGCAUGGUAUACUAACAACCAACAGGUGGGUGGAUGGACAGUUGAGUAUGAUGGUUUAACGUUUGUGAGUGUAAGGGGAGCUGGGCAUCAAGUUCCUACUUUCAAGCCAAGAGAAGCCCUUCAGCUCUUCCAACAUUUUCUCGAAAACCAAACCCUUCCCUCUACACCCUUUUGAGUACCAUAUCAUCUAUCUAUCUAUCUCCAUAAAGAAAGAAAGAAAGAAAGAAGGUUGUAAGAACCAACUUUGAUCCAUUAUUGUUUCUCAAACAUUUAUAAAAUUAUUAUGUGCUUUUUUAUUAUCCAGUCACGAUAAAUUUGGCUGUUGCAAGUUUGAUUUUGUUGAUCUUAUGAUCUAUGUAAUGAAAAUUGC